ACUUUUAUUUUGACAAAAUGUCGAAUGGUGACCAUAUUGAAAUUUCCGGUUGGUUCCACCGCUCAUGGUUGAACUCAGCUACCUGCUCGCAUCGGCACAACUAUACAGUAUCUGUGGACAGUUAAGUAGGUUGUCUAUUGAAUGAAGGAAAUAUGUAAAUUUGACUAAUUGGGUAAAGUCUUGCCGGUCAAACAACUUAGGAUAGCUAAGUGAACAUUAGCUACCCAUCUCUGUGUAGCUACGUCCUCAGUGUUAAGUUAAUAUGGAGCCAGAGGUUUUGACUGCUCAACGGGACGAAAUGAAGAAUGUACUGGAGGUGGUUAACGGCAGCCUUUCGGAGUCGUAUAACGUUAACUUCCAUCAUAAUGAUGUUGUGAACAGUGUUACUGAAUCACUCGACUUAAUUACACAGAGGGAGAAGAUUCAACGACAAAUUUCAGCGCUUGAAAGUUAUUUUGAUGCAGAAGUGCAUUCAGACAUGUCAGCCUGCAGUCCCACAGAUGCUGAAUCAGAUGAUGAUGAUGAAGAUGAUGAUGAUGAUGAUGGUGGUGAUGACGCGUUGGAUAAUGAAAGAGGCCUUGAUGCAAAGCAUGAGAAAAUUCAGAGAGAGAUAAAACAAUUGGAGGAAUCACUUGGCCUGGGUGCUGAGGAUCUUCAAUCUGAUAAUGUGGGCAGCACCGAAAUGGCUAUUAGUGAAGAAUACAGCGAUGAAGAAGAUUUGGAACUACCUCUGAAUACAGAAACUUGCUUGGAAAUGAACCUGGUAUAUCAGGAAGUGGUGAAAGAGAAGUUGUCAGAACUUGAACAACUUCUGAAGGGUAACCGUCAACAACAGAGAGAGAUGGAGUCUCAGAUACAUGCCUCUGCUACUCCAGAUCCAGCCAUUACAGGGUCACCGUCUUCAAGGUUGUUUAUUGGAAACUUUAUGAAACCCUACUUUAAGGACAAGGACACUGCUCUGGGACCUCCUGCCAAUCCGGAAACUAGAGAGAAGAUGCUUUCAGGGACGCAACCUUGUGAUGAGAAGAAAAUCAAAAGAUGGGAGGGGUGGCAGAGAUCUUUAUUAAUCAGUGCCGUAGUCCAGGACACGAUGAAGCGUAUGCUUCAGCCCAAACUGUCAAAAAUGGAGUACUUCCGAGACAAAAUCACGAAAGUUGGAGAAACGGAGAAAGAAAUGCUACAAAAGCAAAUCCAACAGCUCGAUGUGGAAAUUGCAAAUAUAAGUGCAUUGAAUGAGGAGGACCUGAUGGGAGCACGUAAUGACGACCAUGACUGGGAUAAAAUUGCAAAUAUUGAUUUUGAAGGCAAGCGAUUUGCAGAGGACUUGCAAACGUUCUGGCAGAACUAUUUGCAUCCGUCUAUUAACAAGUCCCCGUGGAAGCCAGAAGAGAUCGAGAAACUCAAGGGCAUCGCGGAGGAGUACCAAGGUUGCAACUGGGAGAAGAUCGCGGAGAAGAUGGAGACCAACAGAACAGCGUUCAUGUGCUUCCAGACGCACCAAAACUAUAACUACAAAGACGUCAGGAGGAGAGCGUGGACCAAAGAGGAGGACGCUCAACUCAGAGAUCUGGUGCAGAAGAAACGAAUUGGAAACUUCAUUCCGUACACACAGAUGUCCUAUUUCAUUGAAGGGAGGGACGCUGGCCAAGUAAUGUAUCGUUGGACUCAAGUUCUGGAUCCAUCCAUCAAGAAAGGCACCUGGUGUAAAGAAGAGGAUGAGUUGUUGCUGAAAGCAGUGGAGAAGCACGGUGUCCCAAAUUGGUGGAGGAUCCGAUAUGACGUACCGGGCCGGACAGAUGCACAAUGUCGGGACAGAUAUGUGGACUGCCUCAGUGAAGAUGUGAAGAAGGGGCCUUGGAGCUCGGAGGAGGAGAACAGGCUGACACUAGCUGUGCAGAAAUAUGGAGCUGGCAAAUGGUCUAAGAUCGCAGCUGAGAUUGACCAUCGCACUGACAGUCAGUGCCUGCACAAAUGGCGAGCAAUAACUAAAUUCAAAAGACCAAACAGUUUUCCAAUGAAUAAACGGGGAAGGACUGGGAGGAAGAAAGCCCAGACGACUGUGAAAGACGAUGACGACGACGAGCAAAGCCCAGAUGAAGAGAUUGAGUACCUUGAAAGCGAUGAAUCUGAAGAAGAGCCAGAGCCAGAGCCUUCAACAAAGUCCAAAUAUGUGCAGCCUCCCGUGUCGGAGUGGAUACCGCGACACACUGACACAGCCCUGCAGACCACAGACAGGAUUCUCAGUAUUCUUUUCUUCAAACCCCCCCCCGUCAGACAGGAUCAGGUCCAGAGUAGUAGCCAGACCGAGAUUAAACCGAGAUUCACGUCCUCGUCUGCUCACUACACUGUUCUGGACCGGACCGGUCGUCCUGUUGACCGCUACAAAGCAGAACAAUUCCAGACUCCUCCAAAGAGACGGACUUACGAAGAAGAAAUGAUCCUCGUGCCCCAAGCAGAUCUCAAAAACCUCUAUCCCUUGGUGGGGACCAGAGUUCUAAAAAUGCAAGAAGCAUCAGACCGUGGCGCUGGUGAGGGGGAAGUAAGGUGUUCUAGUGCCGCUUCGCUGCAGAGAAAAGUUGAAGCCAAGCUCCUCAUCUCCUGUCAGGAUGAGCUCAAGGAAGCCGUCUCUUCAUGGCUGGGCAAUGUACUCCUACCUCUGCCAAUCUUCGAGACACAAAAAUUGGAAGUGGAUGUUGUGAGAGAGCGGUCAGCCAACGUUGAGCUCUCAAGUACUGCAGUUUUCUUGUUGCUUCUGAAGAUUCUUCAUAUUGAUACAGGGGGUUGCAAGAAAGUGAUUUCAGCACGAAAGGAUCCGGCUGUAACUGGGACCCGGCAUAACCCAGGACUAUUUCCAUCUACAGCUCGGCAGAUGAUUUGCAACAAGAACGUGAAACUGACUAAGCCAAGACACAACACAGCGGCCUCCCAGCUCAGUCACAUGAAGCAGCAGCAGCAGCAGCAGCAGCAGCAGCAGACGUGGUUUCAGCUCCAGCACCCGCAUCUGGUCCAGCUCCAGCCAAAGCAGCCUACACAGCUGUCUCCACAUGUCAACGUUCAAGUGGCACAGCCUCAGAUGGCUCUGCACGUGCAGGCCUGUGAAGGCCCGCUCACACAGCCUCAGCCACGGUUCACUCAGAUGCCGCCGCACCUCUUGCUCUCACACAGUCACCAACUAGCACAGCCUGUGCUAAUGUCCUUGAUACCCCCUCAGUCCACAUGUAGCAUGCCUUUGUCUAAUGCUAAUGCUACCAAACCGUCUAAGCGCACCAGGAAACCUGCUGUUAAAGCCAAGGAGCUAAUAGAAGACGCAGAUGCUAAUGCUACCAAACCGUCUAAGCGCGCCAGGAAACCUGCUGUUAAAGCCAAGGAGCUAAUAGAAGACGCCGAUGCUAAUGCUAAUGCUACCAAACCGUCUAAGCGCGCCAGGAAACCUACUGUUAAAGCCAAGGAGCUAAUAGAAGAGGCCGAUGCCAAAGCUAAAACUCGAUCCAGGCAUAAGAGACCGCGUCUGGAAAAGAGCCUCCCUGCAGUCUCACCAGUCGCCUGGAUCAUCAGUCCCACCGCGCCAACACCUUUGAACACCCAAGGCAACAGUAUGCUGGCUGGCAACAGUAUGCUGGCUCUUCCAGCAGCUGCCAGUGUCAUUCUACCCAGCCCUGGUCUAUUUCCACGUCAUACUACCCAAGCAAACGUUCCUUGCCCAAACAUGCCCGGUGUCUUCCCAAGCACCGUUGUCUGCAGUUUGUCUGAGGUCCCAGUGCCCACCCAGGUCAUGGCGAUGCCAGCGGGUACUAUACCCACCUUGGUCAAUACUAAUGUGCCCGGCAUGGCGAUGCCAGCGGGUACUUUACCCACCUUAGUCAAUACUAAUGUGCCCGGCAUGGCGAUGCCAGCGGGUACUAUACCCACCUUAGUCAAUACUAAUGUGCCCGGCAUGGCGAUGCCAGCGGGUACUAUACCCACCUUAGUCAAUACUAAUGUGCCCGGCACCACAGUGGCUACCUCUUUGCCCAGCGUCCAGAGUGGAUGCUCUUCGGCGUCCCCAGCCACAUUGUUCUUCACCGUGUCCUCUCUCUCCUCGUUGCCACCGAGGUCUGAACCGGUCCGGAGGCCGCCCCUACUCAAAGCGAGGCCCCUCCUCGCCCCCUCACCAGCUCCAUCUGUGCCCCUCCUCGCCCCCUCACCAGCUCCAUCUGUGCCCCUCCUUGCCCCCUCACCAGCUCCAUCUGUGCCCCUCCUUGCCCCCUCACCGGCUCCAUCUGUGCAGCGUGCAACUGGCACGUUCCAUCAGCAUGCUGCUGUUAGACUUCUACCUGCAGGAAAUCUAUCAAAUCAAAUUCCGCCCCUAAACGCCCAUUUUGAGCCAACUCUAAUGUUCCUGGAGGAUGGGGUCGCUAUCCAAGACUGGAGGAAGGGGAGGAACGGCGUCGCUAUACCUCAGUCUGACAACCCUCAACCAUACCUUCCUCCUUUUGUGAGCAACACCAACACCUUGCGGUGUCUUCUCAAUGCCAAGGCGACGCUGUUAAAACAUUCUUCCAGGGUCCUGCCAAGCAGUGGUGGAGAGGCAGCAGCUGGAGACGCCACGGCAGAGGAGCAGCAGUUGGCGGCCGUCAGGAGGAUAGUUGUCGAGCGCUUUAGCUGCAAUCCAGCCUACUUGACCCUGAAGGCUCGUUUCCUCUCCUGCUUUACUGUGCCCGCCCUCCUGGCCACCAUAGAUCCUGCCAAGGAUGCCGACCCACACGAUGAUGAUGAUGAUGUGUUUGAAGUCAAAGAGGGGGUGAGAACUUAAUGAUUUGGAUAAACCCCCUCAAUAAAAUGUCAUGACAUGUUGCUCAUGAACGACUGAAUACAUUCUCUUGAUAUAGAAUUGAAUACUCCUUUUAAAGCCUUAAAGCUCUGUUUCUUUUUCUUCAUUCCUGAGCCAUGUCCUGUGUUUCCCCUGAGAUGUGAAAUGGUUGUCGGUUUUCCUUCCCUGCCCCCAGUUCAUGGGAAUCCUCUCAGCUAUCGUGUGUUAGUGUGAUUGUGUGUGUGUGUGUUUGUGUGUGUGUGUGUGUGUGUGUGUUCCCUCCCUGCCCCAGUUCAUGGGAAUGUCAUCUGAUUGUUUUCCAUGAUUGGUGCUCAACAGUGUACAGCUAUGGAGCACCACUAUGGAAUCAGACCUGUGCAGCGUGUUUGUUUGUUUGUUUGUUUGUUUGUUUGUUUGUUUGUUUGUUUGUUUUAAAUACAAAGAUUGGGACUCAGUCAGUUUUAACCAGCACACAAUGACCAAUUCAGCAUUGUUCUGGUGUUGUUCCUCUAUGUUUUUCUUAAUUGGAUGUAUGGUUAAUGUAAGGUGAAUAGAGAGACAGACAAGUUGAUCUUGUAUUGAAUAUGUUGUGUUCAUUAUAAUUGUCUGUAUCGUGCUGUUUGCAUGUUGUAGUUUGCAAUGUUUUCUCACUCACUGCCCUGUUUAAAGAGUUUGUGUGUGUGUGUGUUGCAUUGGCCUGAUACCUCGUGUCUAUCCCUCAAGAAAUAGUUUCAACAUUUGCACAGAUUUUGCUUCAGGUGUUGUGUUUCAGCAUUCUUUUUGUAAAAAAUGUAAAUAAAACCGUUUAAAUUAAAUGAUCA